AUGAGGCUGGCCGCCGGCUGCCUGUUGCUGUGGCUCGGCCUGGGCGGAGGGCAGGUUCCUCCGGGCCCCGAGGAGGCCGCCGAGGAAUCCUACUCGGACUGGGGCCUGCGGCACCUCCGGGGCGGCUUCGAGUCCGUCAACAGCUACUUCGACUCCUUUCUGGAGCUGCUGGGGGGCAAGAACGGCAUCUGUCAGUACCGGUGCCGGUACGGAAAGGCACCGAUGCCCAGACCGGGCUACAAGCCUCAGGAGCCCAACGGCUGCAGCUCCCAUUUCCUGGGUCUCAAGGUACCAGAAAGUAUGGACCUGGGCAUUCCAGCGAUGACCAAGUGCUGCAACCAGCUGGAUGUCUGCUAUGACACCUGUGGUGCCAACAAGUAUCGCUGCGACGCCAAAUUCCGCUGGUGCCUCCACUCCAUCUGCUCUGACCUCAAGCGCAGUCUGGGCUUCGUCUCCAAGGUGGAAGCAGCCUGUGACUCCCUGGCUGACACCGUGUUCAACACCGUGUGGACUCUGGGCUGCCGGCCUUUCAUGAACAGCCAGCGGGCAGCGUGCAUUUGUGCCGAAGAGGAGAAGGAAGAGUUGUGAGGGCCAGGCGGCCCCUUCCGGGGGCUCUCCACUGUCAGCC